UGUGAUCUCAAAACCGAUAUCGUCAUUACCAUCCAUCACAAAGUCCCAGACUUUGGUGGCGCUAUCACUAUCAAUAUCACAAAGAAAAAGAGAGUGCAAGAGACGACAACGUUUCAGAGCACGAAGCUACAGUUCCUAGAGCAAGAGAGGCUGACCUGCCCACGUUGCGAUUCGACCAACACCAAGUUCUGCUACUACAACAACUACAACCUCUCUCAGCCCCGCCAUUUCUGCAAGGACUGCAAGCGCUACUGGACCAAAGGCGGCUCUCUCCGCAACAUCCCCGUCGGCGGCGGAACCCGCAAGAGCUCCUCCACCAAACGGGGCUCCAAACCGAAACGCCAGAACCCGGAUCCGGAUCCCGACCCGAGACCCAGUAAGCAUGGUCUGCAGCUCCAGGAGUCAACCCCAGCUGACUCCUCGCAGUGGAAUGCCACAGAAGGGGCCCUGUUGGAGGGUCCGCACCGAUCGGGGGCGGGAUCCGGUGAAUGUGGAGGUAGCCUGAACCCGGGCUGGAGCUUGGGUUGGGGUUCUGCCAUGAGGCCUGAACCGGAACUCGACUCUCGACAAGGCGGCAGUGGGCGGGAGGAUCAUUUUGAUCAUGCAAGUUGGUCUUGCUAUCUGGAGUACGCUUGCUUCAGAUACAACUCCAGGGGAGGAUAGAUGGUAACUUGUGGAUGUCAUUCAGCAAGCUUUGAACAGGAGUUCAGUGAAAUUGCUUUUGAGGGGAACAGCAGAGAUUGUGAAGGAAGAUGAGAGCAUCAUCAUCAGCAGCAGCUUGCAUUCUUCGCAUAUCAAAGGCUAAAACACCAGCAACCAACUAAGGGAUGAUGAUAAUUCCUAGCGUAAUUUUGCGAUUUUACUACGUAGGUUCUCUUUUCUUUUCUAGCCUAGAGUGUAAUUUUACCUAAGGUUGUGAGGUGAUUAAUACACGCCCGCG